AAUGAUGUUAUAUUGAGUAACAAAUAAACGCAUCAUGUAUUAGUUGUCAAAAUUUUUGGAGUGUUAUUUGUACUGUACUUAUUACAAUUCAUUUUUAAUCGAGUUGGCUGCACUGCCUAACAGCAGAGAACAGCCGCCGCAAAAGUGUUUUGUCAUUCUGGCCGCUAUUGUAUCAAUUUUAGUUUAUUCAUUACAAAUCCUACAAAUCUAAGAUACAACAAUGUUUUUAACACGAGCUGAAUACGAUAGAGGCGUAAACACCUUCUCACCAGAAGGCAGACUGUUUCAAGUCGAGUAUGCCAUUGAAGCAAUUAAGUUGGGCUCUACGGCUAUCGGCAUUUGCACAAAUGAAGGCAUUGUGCUUGCCGCUGAAAAGCGCAUUACUUCACCACUAAUGGUACCUACUUCAGUUGAAAAAAUUGUGGAAGUUGAUAAGCACAUCGGUUGUGUUACAUCUGGAUUAAUGGCUGAUGCUCGUACAUUAAUUGACCGUGCACGCGUUGAAUGUCAAAAUCAUUGGUUUACAUACAAUGAAUCCAUGUCCAUUGAGUCUUGCGCUCAGGCAGUAUCCACUUUGGCUAUACAAUUUGGUGAUAGUGGUGAUGGAGGAUCUGCAAUGAGUCGUCCUUUUGGUGUUGCACUAUUGUUUGCAGGUAUUAACGAGGGUCAACCACAAUUGUGGCAUAUGGAUCCAUCUGGUACAUAUUUACGUUAUUCUGCAAAAGCCAUUGGUUCCGGUAGUGAGGGAGCUCAGCAAAAUUUGCAAGACAACUACACGAAAGAGAUGAGCUUAAAUGAUGCAUUAGAUUUGGCUUUGAAUACCUUAAAACAGGUUAUGGAAGAUAAGCUUAAUUCCACGAAUGUUGAGGUAAUGACCAUGACACCAGAUAAAUUGUUUAGAAUGUACACCAAACAAGAAGUUGAAGAUAUAAUUGCUAAGUUAGCUUAGUUCCAAGUUAAAUUCAUUAAUUUUUUUAAAUGUCAUUUGUGGUAAAAUUGCUAAAAAA